AUGCCACUAAAGUUUUCUGCCAAAGAAGAUAAAUCUGUCAUCACACAGGCAGGUGCACCAAUAUACCCGGUUUAUACAGGGAGACGAGAUGGUUUACAGUCCACAGCACAAUCAGUAGAUCUACCACCGCCAGAUGUGACCUGGAAACAAGCACUUGCAUACUUCAACUCCCAGGACCUUGAUGAGCUCGACCUUGGAACUCUUCUAGGAGCAUAUUCAGUGGGGAUGAUACAAUGCAGCAACAUACAUGACAGGCUCUACAACUUCAAUGGCACGGCUCAGCUCGAUAGGUCAAUCGACCCAAACUUCCUGGGCCAGCUGAAGAAGAAAUGCCCACCUGAAACCAAGAAAAAUAAAAUGGUUUAUUUGAAUCCAGCUUCUGGUAUAAACUAUAGUUUUGGAAGCUCCUACUACAGGAGGUUUCUGAAGCACCAAGCAGUGCUUACAGUUGAUCAGCAGACGAUUGCAACGGAUAGCAUCAGGAUUACAUGAGAAUUCGCAGCAGUGUCAGAGAAUCUGUGUAAGUUCUUUGGCCUUUCAAUGAGUCAAAUGGGAGGGCUGGAAGUUCUUACAGGGAUGCAGGGGUUCGUCUAAAUUGCCGGUAUACAAAUGCUAACAAUCCACAUCUUAAGUAUAGUUGGAUCAGAGUUCUGAAAAUUUUUUAACAUUGUGGUUUGGCAAUGUUUUGUGCCUUUUUUGCUGUUGUAUUGCUUCUGGAUUGGGAGCUUAGCUUAAUUAGUUCUACAAAACUAUCAAUAGCAAUGACUAAAGAUAACUACGUUCUCACCCAAUCCUAGCUUAUGAUAUAUUUACACCCACCCUCAUUUUAAGACCACAACUCCGCUUUCCUCAAGGGAACAAAAAACAAAUCCAACUAAAACACUCCAUAU